AUGGGCUCAACAGCUUUUGCGCCCAUCGAUGAGGCGCGGCCGGAAAGCCAGAAGAAACGAGUGGCCUACUUCUACGACAGUGACGUGGGCAACUACGCCUAUGUAUCUGGUCACCCCAUGAAACCACAUCGUAUAAGGCUUGCGCACUCACUAGUUAUGAACUAUGGCUUAUACAAGAAGAUGGAGAUCUACCGCGCUAAGCCAGCUUCCAAGUACGAAAUGACUCAAUUUCACACAGACGAGUACAUUGAGUUCCUGGCCAAGGUUACACCAGAUAACAUGGAGAGCUUUCAGAAAGAACAGCAGAAGUACAAUGUGGGUGACGACUGUCCAGUCUUCGACGGACUGUUCGAGUUCUGUGGUAUAAGUGCAGGCGGCAGUAUGGAAGGCGCAGCAAGAUUGAACCGGCAGAAGGCGGACAUCGCAAUCAAUUGGGCUGGAGGUCUACAUCAUGCAAAGAAAAGCGAGGCAUCUGGAUUUUGCUACGUCAACGACAUCGUCUUGGGUAUAAUAGAGCUGUUGAGAUUCCAUCAAAGGGUGCUUUACAUCGACAUUGACGUGCAUCACGGAGAUGGCGUGGAAGAGGCUUUCUACACAACUGAUCGAGUAAUGACUGCAUCCUUCCACAAGUAUGGUGAAUACUUUCCAGGUACCGGUGAGCUGAGAGAUACUGGUGUCGCUCAAGGCAAGUACUACGCGGUCAACUUUCCAUUGCGGGAUGGCAUCGACGAUUAUUCCUACAAGCAUAUUUUUGAGCCUGUCAUAAAGGCCAUUAUGGACUUCUACAGACCUUCAGCAGUCGUGUUGCAAUGUGGCGGUGAUUCACUGUCUGGCGACAGACUUGGUUGCUUCAAUCUCAGUAUGCGUGGCCAUGCCAACUGCGUCAACUUUGUGAAAUCUUACAACUUACCGACUUUGAUCCUUGGUGGUGGUGGCUACACGAUGCGCAAUGUGGCAAGAACAUGGGCAUUCGAAACUGGAUGUCUAGUUGGCGAGGACAUGAGCGCCAACUUACCAUACAAUGACUACUACGAAUACUAUGCUCCAGACUACGAGCUAGAUGUACGGCCAUCAAACAUGGAUAAUGCAAACUCAAGGGAGUACCUGGAUAAGAUCUUGAAAACAGUGCUCGAGAACUUGAAACGAACACAACAUACUCCAUCCGUACAAAUGCAAGACGUGCCUCCUUCGUUAGCAAUGAAUGACGAGGAUGAAGCAGCACUCGACGACGAGGACGAAGACAACAACCCGGACCGACGUAUGACACAAAGGCGAUUCGACAAGGCGAUAGAGAAAGAUGGUGAAUUGAGUGACAGUGAAGAUGAGGACAUGGCACAGCAGAAUGGUGUCAGACGGCAGAACGGGACUAGGAAAAGGAGGCAGAUCAUCGACCACAGAGAUCUCAUGGAUACUGUGGACUCUGCUGCAGAUAGUGGGCUAGGCACACCACAAGCGCCAAGUCCGGUGCCGGACGUUGCAGAUAACAUGAGUGUGGAUAGUCCAAAUGGUGGUAACUAUGCUGUCGAGGAAGAUGCAGCUGAGGAAAUAGCAGAAGGAGAUGUGACCAUGGGUGACAUUGACAAUGCAACUGUAGCAGACUCAACCAAAGUUGAAGUCGCCGAUGGGGUUGCAGGAGAAGCAGCAUCAAGCAUAGGUAUUGCUCCUGAAAGUGCAGAUGAAGCUAUCAAGAUCAAGAAGGAGAUUAUGGCUGACAAUGCGGCUGUUGCAGCUCAAGAAGAAGGUCGUAUGGAGCGCGAGGAGUUGAACGCUGAAGGUGAAGCGCGUACAGAAGCUGCAAACAAUGGACCAUAG